GCUCAGCGUAAUCUAGAAUCUAUUUGUUCCAAAGUUUGAGCCCAUAAUGCCAAUAAUGCUUAAAUAAUUUUGCCGCCUGUAUGAGAUAUGGUUCAAGCAAUCAAAAGUCUGGAUUUAUGAAAUUGGUUAUUUUUUUGAAUAUCAAAUAAAAAAACACGAUCAAUUGAUUCCCUUAUUUUACAAAACAACUGAGUUUGAACAGCAUACGCUUUGACAUUCGAUGGUGUGAAAGUUAAUGGCUCAAAAAAAAACUCAAAUGGAGAAUCAACCGGCAAUGAAGGUUGGAAUCAUUGGAAUUGGACAAGUGGGCCUAGUAUUGAUGACAAACAUUCACAAAGCAAACAACACUCAAUUUAUCCUGUCGGCUGUUUGCGACACUCGCCCUGAAAUCGGCCAACUUGUACCACAGGGAGUGACCUUCACCCGAGAAGCGGCCGAAGUGGUGAAGUCGUGUGACGUCAUUAUGACAUGUCUUCCUCGUGCACAGGACGUGAAAACUGUCUGGGAAAGGUCAAUUAAGGACAACUUAUCGAAAGGACAGUACUGGAUAGAUCACACUUCCAGUAUCCAUUCUCAGAAUGAGCAGCUGGACAGAGAAGUCACCUGUCUGGGUGCUCAAUUCAUCGAAGCGCCAAUCACUGGAGGCUUGUCUGCUCUGAAGAGAGGUGAAAUGUGUUGCCUGGUGGCAGGCAAAAGGACAGCAGUCGACAGAAUGAGGAGUCUCCUCGACAUAAACUACCAACAGUUGCACUAUCUUGGCCAGCAGGUCGGCUCUUGCACAGUCGUCAAGCUCUGGUCCAAUCUGUUAAAUGCGUCACAGAUCGUGGCCAUGACUGAGAUGCUUCUGGUUGCUAAACGACAGGGUCUGGAUCUGAAUAAGGUGUUCCAUGCAAUCAGAGCCAGCUCAGGAAACAGCUUCGCAUGGGAAACCGGCGUUCCUGAGGUUUUCAAGGGGCGGUACGACACAAGCUUCACUAUUCAGAACCACAACAAAGACAUCGCAAACGGAGUUCAACUAGCCGAUGACCUUGGUGUCGACAUUCCGAUGAUGAAAUUAACCCAACAGAAGUUUAAAGAUGCCCAAAGUGCUUUUGGAGACUUGGCCGGUUGUUAUUCCUACGCUAAAUUAGCCGAAGAUCUUCAUGAAGAAAAAUUGCAAGUAGCUGGGUAUGAAAAGUGGAGUUGGGGCAUUGAAGUUAUCGGCGAAGAACAGACGUCCGCUAUCAGACACGAGAACUGCGUUCUCCCGGAAUGACGCCCUGAGAGUUGUUCAGAAGUUUUGAUAAACGAGAGAUGAAGUUUGAACACACGAUUAAACUCAUACGGAAGGAUUUCAUGAUGUUUUCAAAAAAACGUUUAAAUACUUUACGAAACGAGAAAUUACUUAAUUUGACAAUCAUGGACAAAGUUUUCUUCACUGCCUUUUAUUGCUCGCUUUAUACGUUGCAUAGUGCCGUUCACACUUUGUGAAUCGAUUUUUGCAGUGCUUAACA